GGAUCCUGUCCGGAUUCUGUGGUCCUUAGAUUGAGUCAGUAAGUCGUGUCAGUCAGGGGGUGAGGAGUGGAACCUUUGCCCGGUUGUGCACCUGACAUCAUGGUUGACCUCCGUAGUGGUAAGAGUACCGUUCCACAGUCAGAAGCUGAACAGGAACGGAUCGCCGCCAUUCUGAGAGAGAGAAAGGAGAAGAAGGAGCUCCUCAAACAGGCGAAGUUGAAGGCGAUCGCUGAGGAGCAGGCGGCGAAGAAGAAAAAAUUGGAGGAAGAGAUGUUAAGAUUGCAGCAGGAGGAGGAAGAGAAAAGGAAGGUUGCCGAAGAAGAAGCAGCAGCAGAGGAGGAGGAAGUAGAAGAAGAAUCCCUUGAAAGGAGGCGUGGGGGAGAAAGAGGAGAAAGCAGCAGCACGAAGGCAGAGGAUAAGUGGAUGGAAAAGAAGAUCAGUGAGUGGGUGGCUAACUUAUCGCUGGGAGAAGAUGAGGAGGCAAUGUUGUACGUGCCUCAGGAGGAGAAAGAAGCAUUCCCCAGGGAGCUGGAAGCUAAGGAGGACCCCCUGGGACGCCAGACGAUGGAAGACGAGAAGAGAUUGGAGUGGAAGUUGCGUCUGGCAAGGGAAAAGAAGACGAGGAGGGAGGAGGCCAACCGAAUGGCCAAAGAAGUGGAGAAGAUUCAGACCGUUUCAAACUUUCAGCUUGUCUACCAACCAGCACUCUGUUGUGAUGGAUGCACCGCUGCUGUGCUUGCACUGUACGUGUCUGCUCACUCUCCGUCGUCCUGGUCCUACAGGUACAGCGUCUUGGGCAUGUUCUUGCUUAUCCAGCUCGUGGUGGUUGGUGGGGAUUGGUUCCAGCGUUACUGCAUCCCAACGUUCUUAUCAUACAUAAGAGCUCAGCGGCAGAGCCGUGAUGGUUUCAGACCUGAUGGGAGGAGGACUGGAGCUGUUGUUCUUGAUGAGGAUGGCCAAGAGAUUCAAGAAAAAAACCGUUCUUUGGAAAGGGAGUUACUGUCUGCCAAUGAUGCUGAGGAUAUCGGACGCACAAAGGGUCUGUUCUCCUCAGUGCAAGGUCAGGAUUUGAUUUCAAUACUCUAGCGACACGUGGGCUGGUGGGGAUCGAUUUACCCGGACAACGAAGAGAAGCGUGAGGCAGCAGAGUGUGAUUCUUUCCAGUUGUCCCCGCCACCUCCUCCGCUUCCCGCGCCCUCCAUGGUGUACGUUGUUGGGGUUAUAGCAGCCUUUGGAACAGAGUAGAUGCACAGCUUGGCUAUGAACAAGCAUCCUACUCUCCCCCUGACCCCUGCCCCUGGUUUUCCUCUAUUCCUUUUUCUAUCAAUUGACCCCUGCCCCUGGUUCUCCUCUAUUCCUUUUCUGUCAAUAGACCCCUGCCCCUGGUUCUCCUCUUUUUUUUUGUCCUUUUUUUUUUGAAUUUUUCCUUUUUUUUCUGUUCAUUAGCGAUAUGUCGAUCUGGGUGUGUCAUCGGUGUGAGGGGUCCAAGGUAACCUUCUCCGUCCCAUUCCAAUUCUUAUGGAUUUCAUUAAGCUGUGGUGAGAGGCUUCCGGCUGACGUGGCAUUGCUGACAGUGCCGCGUCAGCACUCCUUAACAAAGCUUAGGACGGGGU